ACUCUUCUGUUCACUUUUACCAUUCAAUUACUUAUUCUUGCCCAUAGGAUUUUUCUUAAAAAAAUUAUCAAUUUGGUUUUACAAUUAUCAGAUCUCAUGAGUAUAUAUAUAUUACAGAGACCAAGUUUACUAGGCAAAGCAAAAAACAGAAUCAGAGUUCUGAUAUAGUAAUUCACUAAAAGCAUGGUUCAUCUAACUAAGCUAAUGGGCUUAUUAACUCUGAUAUGGUGGUGCAGUAAUCUUGAAGAUGCACUUGCAUCCCCACAAACGCACGUAGUAAAUAGUGGGUGCAGCACAUACAACGCUUCCAACUUGCGUAGCUUCUUUGCUAAUAUCAAUGGAACGUUUUCAGCGCUAAGAGCACAGAUUCAGAAUCAAAACAAGCACUUUGGCGUAGCACAAGAAGCGAGGGGAGAGACGCUGACAUACGCAAUGUUUCAAUGCAGAAACUAUCUCUCAAACAAUGAUUGUCUCGCUUGCUUCGCCGCCGCCGCCACCCAAAUCCGCAACUGCUCCGCCGCCAACGGCGCCAGACUCAUCUACGACGGUUGCUUCCUCAGGUAUGAGAGCGAGAGAUUCUACGAUCAGACCACUGAACCUGGUAAUGGUGUAGUAUGUGGGAACACGAGUGCAAAUAGCACUGGUUUUAGAGCUAAUGGGCAACAACUGCUAAUGGACCUCCAAAUAGCAACACCAAAAGUUAAAGGUUUCUAUGCAGCUACUAAGAUACAGGUGCCUGGUAGUAGUGCAAUUUAUGCCGUUGCACAAUGUGUUGAAACUGCCACAGAGAGUAAUUGUCUGAAUUGCAUGCAAGUUGCAUACAACAACUUACAAAGUUGUCUUCCCAAAAUAGACGGUAGAGCAUAUGAUGCUGGCUGUUUUAUGAGAUAUUCCAUGUCACCCUUCUUUGCUGAUAAUCAGACCAUUGAUAUCACACCCUACUUAGAACAAGGUGGUUCAAGCAAGAAGUGGGCAAUUAUCGGUGGUGUUGUAGGAGGCGUUGUGAUCCUUCUUGCAUUGUUUGCUUGGCGAAUAUCCAGAAAACCAAAGAGGGUUCCCAGAGGUGACAUAUUGGGAGCUACCGAGUUGAAAGGUCCGGUUAAUUACAAGUAUAAUGAUUUAAAAGCUGCAACAAAAAAAUUUAGUAAUGAAAAUAAACUAGGAGAAGGAGGUUUUGGUGAUGUAUACAAGGGUACUCUAAAGAAUGGAAAGGUUGUGGCGAUCAAGAAAUUAAUGUUGGGCAAAUCUAGCAAGAUGGAGGAUGAUUUUGAAGGUGAAGUCAAGCUAAUAAGUAAUGUUCAUCAUAGAAAUCUCGUUAGACUUCUUGGUUGUUGCAGCAAAGGCCAAGAGAGAAUCCUAGUUUAUGAAUACAUGGCAAAUAGCAGCCUUGACAAAUUCUUAUUUGGUAACAAAAAAGGUUCCCUCAAUUGGAAACAACGGUAUGACAUAAUUUUAGGCACAGCAAGGGGAUUGGCCUAUUUACAUGAGGAAUUCCAUGUUUCCAUAAUACAUAGAGAUAUAAAGACUAGUAAUAUCCUCUUAGAUGAUGAUCUUCAACCAAAAAUUGCUGAUUUUGGGUUAGCAAGACUUUUGCCAGGGGAUCGAUCUCAUCUCAGCACAAGAUUUGCAGGAACAUUGGGAUACACAGCACCUGAAUAUGCAAUCCAUGGUCAAUUAUCUGAGAAGGCUGAUACCUACAGUUAUGGUAUUGUAGUCCUAGAAAUUAUAAGUGGUCAAAAGAGUACUAAUGUGAAGGAUGAUGAUGAGGAUGGUCGUGAGUACCUUCUUCAACGUGCAUGGAAGGUACAUGAGAGAGGCAUGCACUUGGAGCUAGUGGACAAGGCCAUAGACCCAAAUGAGUAUGAUUUUGAAGAAGUGAAGAAAGUCAUAGAAAUUGCUUUGUUGUGUACUCAAGCAUCAGCUGCAACAAGGCCAACAAUGUCUGAAGUAGUAGUUCUACUCAAAAGUAAAGGCUUAAUAGAGAACUUGCAACCAACUAUGCCUGUGUUUGUUGAAACCAAUCUCCAGUCUCGAGAAAGGAAUUCUUCAUCAACUACUGCUUCUUCUUCUAAUGCUACUGCUUCCAUUUCUGUUCUAUCAGCAAGAUGAUUAUAGCACGAAGUAAAGGGUCUUGAUUACUUGAACCAAUAAAGUAAUGUAAUAAAUUAGAGAAGUAUUGCUCUUCAUUUCUAGUUUCUUAGUUCAAAAUCACGCAAGUGUAUGUGCAACUUCUCUUGUGUUUUAUGCAUGGUUGGAAAGUGCAUGAAUUAGAUUACUGUUAUGGAUUUAUGAUAAUUUCCAAUUAAUUUGUUAUGAUAGAGUAUAUACUGAACUCCAGCCUAAAAUUCUAUUUCACU